AUGUUCACAUCAAAGAUAACACCAGAUUUCAAUUACUCUGUACUAUUGUUCCGUGUAGUAUACUUAGUAAAUAAGUAAGUUUUCCGGCAAAUUUCGCAACUUUCCUAAUGAAGUGAGCAUGCACUUUCAAAUUUACUUAGAAAACUUACACCUUAUAGACAUUUCACAAUACAGUCAAACCUGCAUAUAACGGCCCUGUAUAUAGCAGUCACCCUGUACAUAACGGUCACCUUGCCAUUUCUCAAGGACAGGUUUGACUGUAUUCUGUAUUGUAAUUCGUAAAUAGUUGAGCUUAAAGAAGCAGAUAAGGCAAACGAGACUGCCCAAGCCAGAAUAACUUUUUCAUGGGACCGAAGCUACCACAAAAACCUCGUGUUCGUUAAAGACAGUUCUCAGCCCUGAGCAAACGUUAUACCAAGCCUAGGCGAAUCUUUUUCAGUGCACAUUUAUUCAAUUGCAAAGUACGAUACCAUUAACAAGGCGAGGUACGAGGGUUUUUUUUCUUUUUCAUUGAAAUAACAGCCAUAUCAGACAAAGUGCCUAAAAUUAAUAGCUCAGUAUUAUUUUUUCCCACCCAAUAAGUAUUAAACAGCACAAGAAAGACAGGAUAAAACGUAAGUCACUAAAUGAUAUUCGUCCUGCAAAGUACAUCAUCAGUCCCUAGAGGACGGCUCAAUGACGAAAACAGGCGGCCAUUUUGAAAUUCAUAACAAUGGUGCUGAUAACGUUUCCUUUGUUAUCAUUCUUUCAACAAGGAGGUUUUGGUAUCACAUCAAAUUUUCACUGUAAAUCACUGUAAACGUAUGCUAAAUUAAUCGCAAAAGACGUUAUUUCACCAUAGAACAAAUCCCCUUGAGUACAGUUCUUAAACAACACUUGAUAGACUGAACAAUAACAUUUGUCUUCAGGAAACCAGUUCAUUGUCAUUUUAGAAUCUUGCUUUGUGGAUAUAUAGUGUGCUCUUUUUAGAUGGAGAGAGCAAAUCAAUAAAACUAUCACUAUCAAUCAGCUUUUUACCUUUUUUUGUGGAGGUUCACAUAUGUCUACAAAAGUAUUCAGAUUAGGGUCUUUCGCAAAUAUCACGGUUUGUUUUUUGGCUGCGUAACUUCAAAUUGUUUGUAUAAAGAUUCCAGUUUACACCACCUUUCCUUUAAGAGGGAAAUUUAAUUUAUUCAGCUGUACAUAAUAUGAUGAUGUGCCCCAAAUGAACAAAAAGGAGGUGGCCAAGUACAAAUGAUACGCAAGCACAGAUGUAGAACUGAGCUGCCUUACAACAACUUAAGGGCGAGGUUUCUCGUACAUGGGAAGUGAGGCUCUUUGUAGCUAGCUACUUGGGGCCACAGAAACUGCUUCAAGCGCCCUAACACUAGCUUGUAUAACGGCCAAACACGUGAUGAGGGUGUUAACCAAAGGCUUGAUCACCUCUUUCCAGCAGAGAGUGUUAAUUUUACUGGAAUUGUGGAGGACGAAAAACUAGCAGAACCUAGUAAUUGGAAAUCCAAUCAACUGCAACAACAGUUCGUGGGGGUCAUCGCAAAUCGGGACCGGUCACAUGUCCUAUUAGUGCAGCGCUAAUAACUCGUUUCAGUUCUUUGUUCCUCUGAAUAACAGUCGAUAGCAUUAAAAAGUCGCACGAAUCUGGAACAUUCUAGAAGAUUCUAGUCCGAAUUUCGAGUUGCCAUACGUUAAGGAACGUGGACACCCAAGUGUUUGAAUCAAUCCAAACUCUGUAAGUUAAAAACCUUGAAAACUGCAUUAGAAAUACUGAUUGGCACUUAAUUUUCUGGUCACGUACACAGUACACUGUAAGGCCUAUGCAUAAACGGUGUUCUUUUUCUGCACACCAUAUCACUACCAAGAGCACAGCAAGUCUCAGUUUAAGAAAUAUUCCAAAUUUCGUUAUAUCAGACUUUUCUCUCUGUACAUUUUCUUUAAAAAGAUGCAACAAAACGAUAGAAGACUGUUUCACAAGAUCUUUCAUUUGAAUGGUAAUAUCCUACUAUUUUGCUCAAACAAUGAUAAGCUGGCGGGGAAAGAUAUUUUAGGUAUCGCAUCAUAUUCCUGGAAGUGAAACAGUGGAUGUUAAUAUAAACUGGGAACAAGACGCAUUAAGAACAAUUAAAAUCUUGUGUCAUGCUUUAGUUUCGUAGUCUUUGAACACACCAGUACACCGAGAGUCUUUGUUCCGGUAGAAUAAAAGAUAUCAAACGGCCUUGGACGGUUCAGUAAUCUUAGCUCAGAACUUUUAUCUGUAAGGCUCCGGGUGUUAAUUGUUCAAAUAAACAAAGAGGCUGUGAAAUCGUUCCGUGGAACACUGGUUUUUAUCAUAACAGAGUUUUAUCAAGUGUUAACUAUUGCUACGAUGCAGCCUUCUGUUCGCAACUUACAAAAACAGCUAAGGAGUUCUUGCCUCGAAGUUCUCUUAAUGUUAAAUCCUUGUUAUUUUCACUACAACUAUUGGAUCGGAAUACAGUUUAUUUCAACUAAUAUUAAGAGUGCAGUGUUGCUUUAUCUAGGGCAUCCAACGGUGUUUUGGCUUUAAACCGAAAAUAAAACCAUCAAUCACCAUAUUUCGUAAGUUAAAAGUUCGGAAUACCUCAACGAAGACUGAACUGCAUUUGUUCCAUUAAGGAACAUAAGCUAUCACGGAUGAGGUUUUUAAGACUGAUAAUUAUAUCUCCCUACAAAAAAUAGCUGGUAGAUAAAUUGUUUUGUUCUCUAUUUUGUUUUUGUUUGUCAAGGAAAGGAAAGCAAAAGACAAGCUUAUUUCAUUGUGAAGUACUAAGGACCCCAUUUGGUUAGCUUUUACAGUCUUUAAUGAGAAGUAUAUUUGCCUUACAGAUUGAGUAACCCACGCAUGCGUUAACUAGGAGGACGAAAGAAGCUCAAAGUUAUCCCUUAACAUACAGCCAGAUCUACUAUUAUCCUGCUGUAAGGUAAUGUUUCUAUCUUUUAUAUGCCAAAAUUAAAGCAAAGCAAUUUGUCCCUUUCAUAUAGCAGCCAUAGAUAUUAUGACAAAGCUAAGACAAUUGACGACUCUAAUAGGGUGAUUGGAAGUAAGCGUAUAAGGCUCUGAAGUUCAGAUUUCAACUUCAGCUGAAGUCAGUGGCUAUUGAACACAGAGGAUCUUUGUUCUCAUAAUGUUUUGGUAAUUACUGAUAAGCAAACAAUUGACAAACGACAGAGGAAGAGAGCGUGUCGCCUCUUGAGUGUCUUUUGUAAGAGGUGUAUGUAGUUGCAAGUGUUAAUACAAAAAUGUGUUAAUACAAGCAAUCGUUUGGGGCCUUUUAAAUCAUACACUUGUCACCUCUUCUCAUUCACAGGUAGGUAAAUUACCGCCUUAUUGGUGAAAAAUGCAGUAUAGUUAAAAGAGUUUUCAAAGUUGGUUUUACAGAAAGAUAACUAUUCAGAAUGCAACUUGUAAACAAAACGAGUUUUUCUUUACACUAACAUCGAACUUAUGCCGUUGGCAAAUGCCGAACAUAGCUCAAAAUCUAAAACAAAAAUAACAUUUGUCAAGAUUGCGUAGUAUAUACUUUUAUAUACGUCAAACGUAUCUGUUAUGUUUUCUCUUUACGACUGUUUUGUAGGAAGCUACUUUUUAAGUAAUUCUGACCUCUGUUUGAGCAAAUAGAGGAACACAAGAGAACUUCACUUCUUUGGUAGAGGUAUGGAGCUCUUCAUACCGUUCCUUUUGUCGAUAACUAUUAUUAUUAUUAUUUUUUUUAAAACCGAUAUAAACUGAGACUACGUAGUCACUAAGUAUGUAUCCACGAAUCAUGCAGCUGCGUCGAUUAGUGGUAAUCCAAAAAAAAGUAAAAAUACCUAUUAAACCAAUUAAAAUCUGUCUCUUACUCUCUGAAGGCUUCCAAAAUGGUGUCACCCCUUGUCAAGUUCGUGGUUACUGUGUUACUGCUGUUUACUGCCAUGGCAGCCAAACCGAAAAGAAAGAAACCACAGAACCAUUAUUGGAGGGUCGCGCCAUGUCAGGUGCAGAAGGCUCUUAUCCAGUUGAAUAGCAAGAGAUGGGGGAUAUGCAAAUCCAUCACGAUUACAACUACUGGUUGUCGUGGGGGCUGUUUAUCUUCGGCCAGACCUUACAGCCAUGGAGUUGGAAUUGCUACAAGCUGUUCGUGCUGCUCACCACUCGAGUCAAUCAUCAGAGAACAUAGAGUCCCAGGAUGCGGGGGGAAAACUGUUUUAGUUCGCCUCCCAGAAGCUAAAAGGUGCGCCUGCAGGCCUUGUAUAAACGGAAGGUAACAAAUCUCAUGUGAGCUUUUCGCGUGAAGAAAUGAUUGUCAUUCUUAUUUUGAAGACGACCGUGUUAGUUGAAAACGGGAGAAUGUAGUAAACGACGGAGUGGAAAUAGCGAUCAACGACUCUUGCUUACUGUGUUUAAACCUUGAAAGUUUAUACACGAAAAAGAGCUCCACACACUGAUCUGACACAUGUAUGCAAAAGAGGUGUAAUCAACAGGUGUUUAAGGCAAAGUUUAACGUAAACUAAAAAGACAUUGUACAUUGUUAUGCUAAGUGUUUUGUAAUGUAUCUCAUCAACGGACUUUGUUUGCGGUUUAAUUCUUGUAAAAAACUACAUUCAAUCGAAUUAGUUCAACUUAUGUUACUUUGCAGUUAAUAGUGCCGCAAAUGAAACUGAAAGUGUUAUUUUCAGUUUCAUGGUACUUAGUAUCUAAUUAUUAAGAAAUGUUUCGCGCUGCUAUAGAAAACCCAAUAUUGCCAAACUAAGCAAAGACCCUACGGCGAUGUCGGACUCAUUUGCUCUGUAUUAUUCAAAAUAGGUGCGAUUUUGCAGGCUAUUCUGGGCAUUUGUCUAAAUUGUUACGCAUUGAAGAGGUAAUUAACUUUGAAUACAAGCUGUCCAUGUCGCCUGUUCAGCUAAAAGAAUGA